UCCGAAGGAAGCUGUUUAUAUCAUGAAUUUUUCAUUCGAAGUUGCCUAGCGUACCGCAAGCUUGUUAAGGGCUUUGUGUUACCUUAAACGGUUGACUGCCUGUAUAAUUGAAUAAGGGAAAUAUGGCGAAGAGUUACGAUUAUUUGUUCAAAGUUCUGCUUAUUGGAGAUUCGGGAGUAGGGAAAACAUGCAUUCUGUGUAGAUUUGCCAACAACGAAUUCAACAGAUCGCACAUAUCGACGAUCGGAAUCGAUUUUAAGAUGAAGACAAUCAUUGUGGAAGGGAAGAGAAUCCGGAUUCAGAUGUGGGAUACAGCUGGUCAAGAAAGAUAUGAGACAAUCACCACACAGUACUACAGACGAGCACAUGGAAUAAUUUUAGUAUAUGAUAUCACAAGGCAGGAAACAUUUAAUAACAUUCGAAAAUGGCUUAGAUAUGUCGAUGAGCAUGCUAACAACAAUGUUCAAAGAUUGUUACUGGCAAACAAAUGUGAUGCUGAAGAUGAGAGAAGAGUGUGGAAAGAUCAAGGAGCCAGGCUUGCUGCUGAGAAAAACAUCAAAUUCUAUGAAACAAGUGCCCAGUCAAACAUAAAUAUAGAUGAGGCCUUUACAGAAAUAUGUCGGCAAAUUUUACAAACAAUGAGUGAGAAUAACCAGAAUGGAAGUACGCUGUCAGCAACUGGCGAAAUUGGAUCAAAUGCUGUUCUUCUAGACACAAAGAAUGAAGUACUUCCACGGAGUUCUUGUUGCUAUUAAGCAUUAAAUUGAACCAGAAAUAAUUUAAUUAUAAAGCUUUUAGAAGAAAGAGCCUAUACUCCAGGCAUUGGUAUCUACCCAAUGCUUAGUUUAUUUCCUAGUCUUGCAAGGGACUGCAGAAACAAUAUUCUCAACCAAGUUCACCCAUGAGGUCACUAAUGCAUGGUCAGUGGCAACAGUCACAUGUACAGAAUUUUGAAAUCCCUGAGGGAUUUUUGAUGUUGCAUUUGACAACAGAAUUCCCUAAUUUGGGAGACGUAUGUAUGUAUGGCUUGGUGGUUGCUCUAGAUACUGAAAUGUAAAGCCAGAUUCCAAACUCAAACUAGAUAAUUAUCUCAUUCUUUGGAUGCAUUGCGGACCUAUUUUAGAAGCUUUGCACGCAUUGAUGCUAAAGUACUUAAGCUUGCCGAUGUGAAGAUGAAGCUGAGAAACUGCAAAAUUAAAUAGGCAAGUUUUCCUGUAAAAGGUCUUUAACAUUACUACGUUAAGUUGUAAAGAUUUUAUUUAACUUAUUUUGUUUUUGUUUUUAAAGAGAAAAUUCACUGAUAGGUUGGAAAUUGAAUGAAUACUUCAAAAUCGCAUUUGUAAAGGUUAGAUAAUGUAACGAGGUAUCUGAGAUGCUUGAAGAUCUUUGUAGCUACACUACAUGAACGAAUCGGUAAUAUUUCAGAGAAAUCAAUAAAACAUAUGUCGACAGUACCAUCCAAAAAUGAUUACCUUAUAAUAAUUAUUGUAGGAAAUUUUUGCAAUGCAUAUUUAUUUGUUUUAUUUUGUUUUGGUUUUGGUUUGGUUUUUACAGUGAUAUAUGUUUGUGAAGUAGACUUGCCUAAGUUAUUGAAAUUUCACAGCAUAAUUUUCAAAUCAUUAAAAAUAUAAUUACUAUUUUAAUACAGUUUACCCCUGCCAAAGGGAAUGUUUGAAAAGCAUAUCCAAAAAAAAUGAUUAAGUUCCACUUCGUUAAGAAUUCAGGAUAUCCGUUUAUCAGACAACAAGGUUCAACUGUAAAUAAAAUGCUGUUAUGCCUUGCAUGAAAAUGUUCUAUGGUGAGGUUCAUACAAUACAGAUAUUUUAAAUCUUUUUUCUGUAUAUUUAUCCUAAAACUUACUCUGUAACACAAGUUUGUUGCUGUAAGAGAAUUCCUCCGAUCGGUAACAGUGAAGUGAAAAGAAACCUAUUUUGAACAUGAAUAUGAUUUAAUGUUAGAUGAUUUAAUUUAAAGUUAGGGAAUGAAUCUAUCGAUAUGCACAAAAUGGUUAUAGAAUCUGCCCCCUUCCCCUCAUCCUCUCCUUUUUGCAGGUAUUAUUUGUCUGAAGAAGGGAGGAAAGUGAACCGGUGCACCCGCAUUGAUCUACAAUUUGUAUCAUAGUAAUAUAGCAGCUAUUUUAGGAAACUUUCCGGAAUCUCUAUCUUUGUAAUGAAAGAAUUUAUGAAUUAAAAACUACAGCUUUAAUACCUUA